AUGCAACCACAACAACACACGGGUAGAGAUUCUGACUUGGAAGCUGCUGCCUCAACCUCGGAUGCGCUGAAUGCUUCUUCCGAAAGGAUACAGCAACAACCAUUGCUGAUGAUGCAAGAGCACACUCCAUUGUUGCAUCUUGACAAGAUUCAACAUUUCCAUCAACAAGAACAACAUGAAAGCAACGACGACGACAUGAAUCAUAACAAUUAUGAUCAACAGCAACCAACCACCAAUUCCAACAAUACGAACAACAACAACAACAAUAAUCAUCAUCAUUCAUCGGAAAUUCCAAAAGGACCCAAAUUAAGCCCCCGAUUCAAAAGAAAGAUCUUUAUCAAAGAAGACUCUCAUAAGCCUCUCGUUUCAUCCUCUUCAUUAAUUUCCAUUCCCGUCGUCCCAGUUGUUGAUUUACCUUCUGCUGCCUUGAGUAUCACCAAAAUCCUCGCCAUCUACACCGGAGGUACCAUUGGUAUGAAAAAGUUUUCAGAUGGCUAUCAUCCUGUGAGAGGUUAUUUACGUAAAAAGUUGGCUCAAUUAUCUCAAUUCAAUGAUGCUCGACAUCGAAAGUUAUAUUUGAAAAUGGCUGGAGUGAUCAAUGAUCAAGAUACGGAAGAAACUGAAAGAGCCAAAAUGGAUCAAUGGUUUUCAACUCCGAGAAGUGAUGAUGGAUGUGUUGCUUUGUAUCAAUUAUUGGAAUUUGACCCAAUUUUGGAUUCAAGUAAUAUGGGAUAUAAAGAUUGGGUGAAAAUUGCUCAAUGUAUUUCGGAUCAUUAUGAUGAUUAUGAUUGUUUCAUUGUAUUGCACGGAACAGAUACCAUGUGUUACACAGCUUCUGCUUUAAGUUUUAUGUUUCGACAUUUAGCCAAGACAGUUAUUUUGACAGGUUCUCAAAUACCCAUUUCACAGACAAGAAAUGAUGGAUUCGAUAAUUUAUUAGGAGCUAUCACCAUUGCCUCAAAAUUAUACAUUCCAGAAGUUUGUGUUUUUUUCCAUAACAAGUUAUUUAGAGGAAAUAGAUGUACCAAGAUGGAUGCUGGAGAUUUAAGUGCUUUUGAUUCUCCAAAUAUUGCACCACUAGUGAAACUUGGUAUUGAUAUGGAAGUCAAUUGGGCCUUGAUUCGACCUCCACCAGGACAAAAUCAAGAAUUUCGAAUGAUUCCAAUUUCAAAUAGCAAUGUUGGUAUGCUGAGAAUAUUUCCUGGUAUUAGUACAAGCUUAAUGUCAAACUUCUUCUUGCCUCCAACGGAAGGAGUUGUUAUGCUAUCGUAUGGAGUUGGAAAUGUACCCUCUACCAGAUCUGACUUCUUGAAAUGCAUCAAAGAAGCAACAGAAAGAGGAGUAGUAAUUGUGAAUUGCACACAAUGCUUCAAAGGAGCUGUGUCUGCCUCUUAUAAAACAGGCUCAGUAUUAUAUGAGCUUGGUGUUGUGAGUGGAUCAGACAUGACACCAGAGGCAGCCGUCACGAAAUUAAUGUAUUUAAUAAGCUGUGAUAUGGAUCUCGAGGAAGUGAAACGACUACUAACAGUGGACCUUCGAGGUGAAUUAACCAAGGUUGUUCCUGUUUCGAAAUAUUCUCUUCGAGAGAGGGGUUUUGUCAGUGCCGUUUGUAAGGCCUUAAAUUUCCACGGUGGAGAAUCUGACAUGAAGGAAGUGAGUGAUGCUUUAUUGCCCGUGAUUAUGUGCAAUCUUGGAGCGAUUGGAGCUGUAGACGAAAUGAGAAGAUUAUUGGAAGUUGAAGGUGUUGAUCCAAAUAUACAGGACUAUGACAAACGUACCGCUCUGCAUUUAGCUGCUGUAGAAGGACAACUCAAUAUGGUACAACUUUUGGUGGAAUACGGAGCUGACAUUAAUUGCAAAGAUAGGUGA